AUGGGAGAUCUUAAUACUAUUGGUGCGAGAAAUGAAAAAGCUGGUGGAAAAGAGCCGUCUGCAAAUCUUGAACCUAAAAUGAUAUUCAAACAAAUACCUUUUAGGUUUGAGGCCAUGUGGUCCAGUGAUACUAGAUAUAAUGAUGUGGUUAAGGAGAAUUGGCAUAUACUUAUUAGUAACAAUAACCAUAACUAUUUCGAGAAUGUUGAAAGAUUACAAAAAGAAACAAAAAAUUGGUAUAAGAGUGUUUUUGGUAAUAUUUAUAAUGGGAUUGAAUCUGCUCUUGCUAAUUUAAAUUUUGCUCACAAUGCUUUUGACAUCUCACCUACUGUUGAAGAUAAGAGCUACAUGGUUAAUUGUCUGUGUGAUUAUUUGAAUUUGCUUAAGUUGGAAGAAAUUUUCUGGAGACAGAAAUAUAGGGUUGAAUCGCUUAAAUAUGGAGAUCUUAAUACAAAAUUCUUUCACACUUCUACUCCGGUUAGAAGGAGAAGGAAUUCCAUUUGUAAGCUGAAAGAUAGUGCUGGUAAGUGGCUUACUUCUGCUGAAGAUAUUGAAAAGGAAAUUGUGAACCAUUUCAGUUUUAUUUUUAAUUCUACUACAACAAGUUUAGAUCGUGCUGAAAUUGAGAGUCUUUUUCCUAGCAUUAUUUUUAAAAAUGAAAAUAAUAAUAUCACCAGGGAAGUUUCAGUCACGGAAACAAAAUCUGCCAUGAGACAACUGGGUUCGCUUAAAGCCCCUGGUCCUGAUGGUUUCUAG